AGAAGAGUGUGUAGCGUGUGGCUUUAUAGCAAAGAAACAUACGGUUGCAGUUGUAUGUUCCUGGGACGAUCUCUUUUCAGGAUGUCUGGCCACACACCCUCACUCAUGAGACUGGAACAGAAGGCUGCGGAGGCUGAGCAGCUCAUCGAAUACCUCAAGCAGCAGGUCCAGCUGCUGAAAGAGAAAGCCAUUGUGCAGGCCACAGUGAAAGAGGAGAAGAAACUGAUGGUGGAGAACGCCAAGCUCAAGAAGGACAUUGAGGACCUGAAGAAACAACUUUUUGACAUGGAAAGAAGUAGAGGAGUGAAAGAGGUGGCCAUGCCUUCAGCGGAGCCCAGCAUCCAGUGCGUCUCUAAACCGACAGCCGCAGAGCCACCUGCCCCAGCAGCCCCUUCUGCUCCCGCCACAAAAACACCACCUGCCAAAAACAACGAUGACACGAAAAAGAUGAAAGCCGAGAAGAAGGGUGAGAAGAAAGAGAAGAAGCCAGCGGCGCCGCCUCAGGAAGAGGCAAAAGUUGACGUGUCCCGACUGGAUUUGCGGGUGGGCCGCAUCAUCAGCGCAGAGAAGCACCCUGACGCCGACUCUCUCUACGUUGAGCAGGUGGAUGUGGGCGACGCGGCUCCACGCACUGUUGUCAGUGGCCUGGUCAAACACAUCCCUCUGGAGCAGAUGCAGAAUCGUAUGGCUGUGCUGCUAUGCAACCUGAAGCCUGCUAAGAUGAGAGGCGUGUUGUCUCAGGCCAUGGUCAUGUGUGCCAGCUCUCCGGAGAAAGUUGAAAUCCUGGAUCCCCCGAGUGGAGCCGUGGCUGGAGACAGGGUUUCCGUCCAGGGCUUCCCAGGUGAGCCUGACAAGGAGCUGAACCCUAAGAAGAAAGUGUGGGAGCAGGUCCAGCCAGACUUGCGCACCGAUGACCAAUGCGUGGCCACUUACAAGGGCGCUGCCUUCGAGGUCGCCGGCAAAGGAGUGUGCAAAGCUCAGACAAUGAGUAACAGCAGUAUCAAAUAGAAACUUCUGGGUGAUUU